UAUAGGGCCUCAGUAGGAUUUUUAAACACAGUCAAACAUACCUAAUAUACACUAAGAAAAUACAAAAAACAUUUACUAAAAACUAAAAAACUAAGAAAAAUAUAUAAGGUGGACACAGUAGGAGGAGGAACAGAACUACACGAUAUCCCUGGAAUCCUUGGCUCUGCAGCUAGAAUCUCUGUGGAAGGUAGCUUAAUCCAUUGGAACUCCAGUACUCCUUGAAACAUCCAAGUUCUUUGGGAGCUCCCCUCCUUAUAAAGGAUAACUCCUCCAGCACCUGGAGCCUUCCAGAAUCCCACCAUGUACCAGAACCAGUUCAUCUACUCGCGCGAGAGGCGUCGCUUUGGGCGGCAGUGCCGCUUCCAGGAUCGCAACGAGCUGAUGGUCAGCGUGCAGCCCAGUGGCCGCCAGCGGCUGAAGUACAUCAUGCGCAAUCCCUCGAUGCGGGCCACCCAGCUGAGUUGCCAGAUGGCCCUGACCGUCAUGGAGACGGAGAACGUGACCCUGGACCAGCACGGUAUGUACCACUACGAGGGCGGCUGGCCCAAGGAGGUGAAUCCCUUCGACGAGGAGCAGACGCAGCGCCAUCGCAAGAAGGUGGAGCGCGAGGAUAGCUGGGGUGAGCAGGUGCUGGAGAUGAUACGGAACACGAUGGCCGUGGCGGAGCAGAACAACACCCUGAACAUCUAUCAGAACUUCUUUGCCGAUCUCCCCCUCGACUUGGGUCACGACCUCCGGAUGAGAUUCCGGGCCAGGGUGGCCAAUGUGUUCCACGACCUGUGGCUGCCCUCUCGGCGCCUGACCUCCAUCGAGUGGAUGCCCAACAAUAGCCGCCAGUUUAUGACGCAGUUCACCAACCAGUUCCAAAGCGGAGACCGCCUGCGAAGUGUCACAGACGAACCGUUUGGCGAGGCGAACGCCUUCUACGUGUGGGACGUGAAGAAUCCCCUCAAGCCGAAGAUCUUUCACGACAGCAAGUUGUCGGUGUCGCUGGCCAAGAUCUGUCCCAAGGACGAGAACAACAUGGUGGGCGGCACGGGGCUGGGGCAGGUCUGUGUGUGGAACACCUUCAAGGGCGGCCUGCCGGUGCGCAACUGCCCCCUGGAGGUGUCCCACAGGGAGACCACCUCGGCCCUCUGCUGGGUCCACUCCAAGUCCAACACGGAGUUCUACUCGGGCUCGCUGGACGGUUCCAUCAAGUACUGGGACACCAGGGAUCUCAAGAUGCCCAUGCAGGAGCUGCUCCUCGAGCCGGAGCCGCAGGAGCGUCAGUCCAGGAUGGACUCGCACGGCGUGACGGUGCUGGAGUUCGAGUACACCAUCCCGGUGCGCUUCAUCAUCUGCAGCGACAUGGGUCACGUCUUUGUGGGCAACCGGAAGGGCAUGACCCCCACGGAAACGCUCCUGGCCCACUAUCAACUCUUCGCCGGUCCGGUGCGCAGCAUCAACCGGAAUCCCUUCUUCGUCAAGAACUUCCUGGUCACGGGGGACUGGCGGGCCAGGAUCUGGUCCGAGGAGGUCAAGGACGCACCCUCCACGAUGUACUUCCGCAAGAAGACACAGAUUCUCUGCGGCGCCUGGAGCACGGGUCGCUGCUCCCUGUUCGUCACCGGCGAUAUGAAUGGGGUGGUGGACUUCUGGGACCUGCUGCUCCACCACCGACAGCCCAUCCUCUCCAUUGACUUCAAGGUGCCGAUUGCGGACGUGGUCUUCCGGCCGGAAGGCGACCUCCUGGCCAUUGCCCUCAAGAAUGGCGACAGCCACAUCCUGACCCUGGACGAGUCCAUGCGACAGGCCACUGGCAAGGAGAAGGCCCUCAUAGCAGCCAUGUUCGAGCGCGAGAUCGUGCGCAGCAAGCUCCUGGAGGCUCGCUACGAUGAGGUGAGGCUCAAGCGGAAAACCCUCCUGUUGGCGGAGGAGGACCGUCUGCGGCAGGAGCAGGCGGUGGCCCCCGUCCUCGAGCUGGAUCCCGACAACCCCGACCAGUUCGUGCUGAUGAUCGAGGGCGACGAGGAGUUCCGCACGGCCAUCAGUGAGUUCCAGGACAUGAUACUGGGUGUGGAGAGAAAGCGCUCCAAGCGGCAGGUGGUCAUGGAGCGCACGGUCUUCGAGGAGUGGAAUCCGACCGACGAAAAGCUGCAGGGGGAGCCCAUUGUAUACACACAGCCCGAGCCGAAGGUGCAGCUCUCGGAGAAGAGGUUUUCUGCAGAGCCGAGGACUUCGCCAGGACCUGCCAAGCCCCAGUGAAAGUCUACCUUUAUAUUUAUACAGGAAAGCCAAUCUUAUGGGGGAAAACCCCCGGAUGAAUAGCCAUAUGAGCCCAUUAAACCAGCCUCUCGGUUGGGCACAGCCAAGCAAGAUGCCACCACUUUAUGGAGUACUCUUUGGAGACCUUUAUUACGACCAACACAAUUAGCCCGACAACGUUCGCCUUGAUUAAGUAACAACCUUUCUAACAGCUAAAUUAGUUGCACUUCUCUACACAGCAAUUAAGAGGAGUUAAUAGUAAAAAAAAAACAAUAAA